CGAGAGCUCACCAUGAAACACAUGUGUGGAACAAUUGAGCAGUAAUUGCUUCGCAAAGAACACGUAUUUAUAGCGUUUUAUUGUUUGUUAUUUAUCAAAAUAUGGUAAUCUACUGAGUGAGUGAACAUGGACCAAGACCGCGCCGCCGCUAGAAAUUUUAAAGACUUCCUAACACAGUAUAAUAAGUUUACUGAGAGUUGUUUUGGCCACUGUAUUGCAAAUCUCAACUAUAGACUGUUGUCCCAGGAAGAAGAAGCCUGUAUUGACAAAUGUUCUUCCAAGUUAAUCAACAUUAACCAUAGGAUGAUUGGAACCUAUAUGGAAUUGAACCCUAUGAACAAGAAUCAAUUUACAGAACAAGACUCUCCAGAAUUAAAGCAAUUAGCGGCCCAAGUAGAGGAUAUACUUGACAAAACAAAUCAAGAACUGAGUAAAAAUACUGAAGAAGGCACUACAAAAAUUGAGGCAGUGGCUCCUGUUGUCAAUGACCCUGUAGCAGCCGAAGUUGAACCCCAUGUGGCUGCAUCGAGUGAUCAAAGUUAGCCUCACAGACUAGAUAUCUUAUUUCUAUUGUGCUUUGAUAUUAAAUGUACUGAUACAUAAUUAUUGCGGAAGACAAACUACAAUUUUUGUAGCCACCUUGUCUACCCUUUACUCCAUAAAACACAUUAUUAAACAUCUGUCACUGUAACGCCAUAAGAUACAGUGUGUUGUUAUUUUGCGGUAUUGCACGGGGUAUUUUUAUCCUACCAUAUUUGGAAAUGCAUAUUCCAAAUAUGGAGUGAUUGCAUGCGAGAGCAUCCUCUAUUACAGCAAGUCUCAGAAGUAUUGGGGCAGCCAAUUUGCAAACUCGCUGGCGAAUUGGCUAACUGCUUGGGUUUUGACUAAACAGUUGGCUUUCGAAUCUUGCUGGCGCCGUCCUGUGGUCACGCCCACUCUGGGUGAAUCUAUAUAACAGUAGGGGACAGUCGUCAUACUUUAGUUGGAUGGCGAUUUCGCUUUCAAAUAUACCAGGGAAAGUGUUCUAUUUUCUUCGUGGUGUUCGUAUACAAGGGAUUGUCCACGCAAAAACGAUGAAUGAAGUCGAAUUUUAUUAGCGGUUGGUUUAAUGUUACCCCAACGAAUCGUUUGGAUGUGAAAAUUUAUUUUCUCCCUGAUUUAUAGGAAACUUUCUCAACUUGUCUCUUUAUUUAGUUUCAAUCAGUGUUCAAGAUGGCUACCCCCAUAUAGUAAUUAUCAAUGGAUUAAUCGCAUUUAUCAUAUUAUCACCUGUACGCCAGCUAACUGUGGCCACUCUCAGGCUGACCAUGGGGAAAUACUUUCACAUUACCACGCCUCGCAAAGCAAAUCAUUCGGGGGAAUCCAGACAUAUACCAGGCUACGUAAAAUCAUACUAUGUUUCCUAAUGCAAAAUAGAUUGGCCCGGAGUGGACGCGACCACGAGUUGGCCCAGCAAGAUUCGAAAGCCAACUGUUUAGUCAAAACCCAACAUUUAGCCAAUUCGCUAGCGAGUUUGCAAAUUGGCUGCCCCAAUACUUCUGAGACUUGCUGUAAUGCAAAACAAACAUGGCAGCCCCCAGGGCUUGACUGGACUUCCACACAAAGAAGUUUUCUAAAUCUGUUCUAAACUUUUUGGAUUUUGGCAUUCCCAUGAUGUAUCUUUGGGAGGAAAAGAUGUAUAAUAAUAAGGUUAUUACAAGGUAACUGCAAAGUAUACACUCAGACAGUGUGCCGUCACACCGACCUCUGCUGCACAUCCGUGGAUACUCCCGCUGUAGUGUAUUCAUGCAUACUUUUCGGUAUCCUUGUAAUAACCUCAUAUUACUGUCUUGUCACUGUCUCUUUUUUGGCCGUAUUCAUAAAAAACAUGCGAACAAACUU